UCAACAGUGACCAGAGACUCAGAGUGAAAGAGAGGGAGAUGAGGUUGGUUAGGUGAAUCUCUCUCUCUUUCUAGGUUCGCCUCCAUUGUUCCUUUUUUCUCCCUCGCUUUAGCCGCCCUCCCCUCUCAUACUCAUAUUCCUCAUCUCAAAAUCCGAUUAUAUUCUUACUAACCCCAUUAUCAUUUUCUGGUUUUCUGAAUUGCUUCUCCUUUGAUUCUCCUUGUGUUAAAAAAAGUUUUAUUAGUAUACCCCUCUCAAACGCCUGUAAAUAAUAAUAAUAAUAAUGGGAACGAUGUUGACUUUUCAGUAGAACCCUAAGAAGAGAAGAAGAAAAGAGAGCGUGUCUACAAGUUUUUUUUUUUUUUUUUUUGUAUUAAUGGGUAAGAGAGGAGUUCAACAUUUUGAUGAGACGAAAGAUGGGUUUUUCUCCGUUUGCGGUUUAGGGUCUUCUCAAUGGAAUUACCAAGAGGAGUAUUACCACCCCGGUGGCUUAUUCGCAAGCGUUGGUCAGGUGGGAAUGGGUUUUGGUGUUUCGCCAAACCCUCCGAACCCCCGUGAUGACGGGGGCAGCAUGAAGCUUCCGUACACCGACUUGUACAUGAAGUACGUGGAGGGUAUUCGUAGAUUUGGGGUUCAGGAGGAGGAUGGGCUGACGAAGAAGAAGAAUAAUAAGAAGAAUGGUCUUAAGUUGAAGAUUAAGGUUUCGAAUCCUUCUCUGCGGAAAUUAAUAAGUGGUGCCAUAGCUGGGGCGGUGUCUCGGACCGCCGUUGCACCAUUAGAGACUAUAAGGACUCAUUUGAUGGUUGGGACUUGUGGCCAUUCCACAACUGAAGUCUUCAAUGAUAUUAUGAAGACUGAUGGGUGGAAGGGAUUGUUUAGAGGGAACUUUGUCAAUGUGAUUCGUGUUGCACCUAGCAAGGCCAUAGAGCUCUUUGCUUACGACACAGUUAAUAAGCAUUUGUCACCAAAACCAGGCGAACAAGCCAAACAUCCAAUCCCUCCCUCGCUAAUUGCAGGGGCCUGUGCUGGAGUUAGCUCAACAUUGUGCACAUAUCCUCUAGAGUUGCUUAAGACACGUCUAACAAUUCAGAGAGGCGUCUAUGAUGGUCUUUUUGACGCGUUCUUGAAAAUUCUACGGGAAGAGGGACCUGCAGAACUCUACAGAGGUCUUGCCCCUAGUCUUAUUGGAGUAAUCCCAUAUGCAGCCACUAAUUACUUUGCAUAUGAUUCGUUACGCAAAGCCUAUCGAAAGUUUCUCAAUCAAGAUAAGAUUGGCAACAUCGAAACUCUUCUCAUUGGAUCAGCGGCCGGUGCUAUUUCAAGCACUGCAACUUUCCCUCUUGAGGUUGCCCGCAAGCAUAUGCAGGUAGGAGCCUUGAGUGGAAGGCAGUUAUAUAAGAAUGUGAUUCAUGCGCUUGCAUGUAUACUCGAACAUGAAGGGAUUCCGGGUUUGUACAGAGGACUUGGUCCUAGCUGCAUGAAGUUAGUUCCUGCUGCUGGGAUUUCAUUCAUGUGCUAUGAAGCGUGCAAGAGGAUUUUGGUGGAGAAUGAUGAGGAAGCAUAGAUACCUUCGCAAAGGAAGGAUAAGAGUCGUUACUUAACAUGUUCGUUGUGGGAGCAAAUGGAAGAAAAAGUGGAAUAUGCUUUCCAGAACAUGGCGUCUAUUUAUUUAUUUUCCCCUUGUUUGCUACAGGAUUUUGUUUGCAAUUUCAGUUCGAGAGCCUUGUUAGGUUGGAACUGAAGUUUUUUCAAGAGUUAAAUUCAAAUGACAUCUUUUUUGUUUGACAAAAGCUUCUUUUGUAAAUGCAUAUUAACGGCAGAGCGAGCCAGUCCCACCAGGAAGGUAAUAAGCGACUGUAUAAAUAUCCAAUUACAGGCGAAAUAUAUUCUCACAGAAAAGAUAGUUUGAUAACUUCAUUGGGGUUCUUGUUGACCAAAAUUAACUGUAUCCAUAACCCUUGAGGACUUGAUUAAUAAAACUAUUAUUUGCAUGGAG